AUGGAACAGUUUAGUUUUACAUUAAAUGGAGGUGCAUAUUUAAGAUAUAAUUCAUAUAAUAGUGUUGAGGAAUUAAAAAAGGAUAUUCUAGAUAAAUGUCCUAUAAAAAUAGACAUUGGACCAAUAUACACUGCGAGGCCAGCAGAUAAGAGAUCCCUUAAACCAUCAGAAUUUAAGCCAGUUGAAAAGGAAUUGGUAUUUGAUAUUGAUAUGACAGAUUAUGAUGAGAUUAGAACAUAUGAUUUUGGAUUUAAACAUUUAUUGUGGGUAUAUUCAGGUAGACGUGGUGUUCAUUGUUGGGUUUGUGAUGAAAUUGCCAGAGAAUUAAAUGACAGUGAGAGAAAGGCUAUUGUAUCAUACUUGGAAGUUAUUGAGGGUGGUGCACAAGCACAGAAAAGAGUUGACCUUCGUGGGCACUUGCAUCCUUCCAUAAGUCGAUCUUUAAGUAUAAUAAACCAAUAUUUUGAUGACUUAAUAUUGAAGGAUCAAGAUGUUUUGAAAGAUGAAAAUUGUUGGAAUAAAGUAUUAGGAUGUAUUCCUAAUGAAGAAAUAAAAAACACUUUAACAAAACAUUGGUUGGAAAACCCAUCACAAACAUCUUCAGAUAGGUGGAAAAAUAUAACAGAUGAAUUAAAUAAAAAAAAUUUACCAAUGUGUAAAAAUGAAAUCAUUCUUCAAUAUGCAUAUCCAAGGCUUGAUAGAGCAGUAUCAACAACAAUUAAUCACUUAUUGAAAAGUCCAUUUUGUAUACAUCCUGAUACAGGUAGAGUAUGUGUUCCAAUUUUACCAGAAACUUGUGAUGAUUUUGAUCCAUUAAGCUCACCAACAGUUAGACUGUUGAUUGAUGAAUUGGAAAGAGCACAUGCUAUACAUCCAGUUACAAAAGAUUUUUAUUCAAAAACAUCUUUGAAAUCUCAUAUAAAAUAUUUUAAUGAAUUUUUCAGACAACUUCCAAAAGAAGUUCAUGCAGCUUUUGAAUUUUAA